UCUCUGUUAAUUUUAUGAUUUAUGGUAAUGUUAAUUGUUUAAUUUGACUGAUUUCGUGAGUUUUUAUCGAGACGCUGUUCCCGUACUGAUAUGAUAACGUUUCAUUCGCUCGUGCGCUUUCGGUGGUCCUAGACGUGUUACGCGUUGUAUUCACUUUAGUUCGCCGGUUCCCCAGUGCUGCUUCAUCAUGGAGAUGGAAACCAUAGGAGACCAGGCCACUAAACUGGACGACCCUCCGAAGUACGGGCUCAAGUUGCCUUUGGACCAUGUAUUUCCUCUCCAGACCAAGCAGAUAAUAGUACCUAAAGCUAAUCAGAUUCUUGAAAUGAUGCCUCUUACUGUCAGGUAUCUGAAGUAUUAUCUUGGAAAGAAAAUGCACAAAAAACGUCCAAUUAUGGACUACAUUAACAUGAUUUCAGCACAAAGAAUGUAUGGAUGUCCAAUAGGUGGUAUAGGAAGUGGUACCAUUGGCAGGGGAUUUAAAGGAGAAUUCUGCAGGUUCCAAAUGUUCCCAGGCCUCUAUCAGUAUGUCACAGUACCAGAAUGCCAGUUCAUAGUUAACAUCAGAAAUGCCAACAAAGAAACCAUUUUCCAGUCGGUGUUAUCGACUUAUGACAAGCCCAAAAAAGCACCGGCGUCAUGGGAAUGGAACUUGAAAGGUGCAAACUGUGAAUACACGGCUUUGUAUCCACGUGCAUGGACCACUUAUGAUUUGUCAGAGUAUGGAGUGAAACUGGUCUGCCGCCAAGUAUCACCAGUGGUACCACAUAACUACAAGGACAGUAGCCUUCCUUGUGCUGUGUUUGUGUUCACAGCAGAAAAUGUAUGCGAUGAACACAGAGAUGUUAAUAUUACAUUUACUUGGACCGAAGUACUGGCAGAUCCCAGAAAGAAGAAAUCAGCAAUAAAAUUAGACCUGGAAAGGUACUCAGAAGACCAAACAUGCGGUGUGACCCUAGACCAGAAGAUAUUAGAUCAACCAUGCACUUUCACCAUAGCCAAGACGAAAAACAAUAAUGAGACUAUUCACGAGGGUUACUGCCUGUGGAACGCGGCAAAGACGUCGGCCUACGUAUGGCAGUGUAUGAAAGAACAUGGCAGGCUGUAUCCCGACCCGAGCCUCACCCCGCCCCCGCCUAAAGUCCCAGACAAGUCUGAAAGCAAAGAUGAAAAGAAAAAAUCAGAGAAAGAAAAACAGCAAAAGCAGAAGAAAAUGUAUAAAUGCGAUUCCAUAGCUCUGUCAAGUUCGCUAUCUCUAAAAGCCGGCGCUACUGGAAUGACUGAGUUCUGUCUCGCGUGGGACAUGCCUGUUAUUAAGUACGCGAAGGAUAAGACCAUCCGUAAAAGGUUUUACACAAGAUUUUUCGGCAGUGACGGUAUAGCGGGCGCGAGUAUUGCUGGAUACGCCCUUAGGAAUUAUAGAAAUUGGGAAAGGCAACUCAUUGAGUGGCAAAACCCCAUUUUGAAUAAUAGUAAUAUACCAGACUGGUUAAAAAGUGCCUUAAUGAAUGAGCUUUACUUUAUCGCCGACGGAGGAACUAUUUGGUUCGACGGCCGCGAAGAUUUUCCGGAAGGCGACCCCAGACACGAUUUUGGAUUGUUUGGCUAUCUGGAGGGACACGAGUAUAGAAUGUACAAUACUUACGACGUACACUUCUAUGCGUCCUUUGCUUUAGCACAACUUUGGCCUAAUUUACAAGUAGUACUACAAUACAUGUAUCGAGAUACAAUCGCGCUAGAAUCGGAGAAGAGUCGAAAAUCUUUAUAUAACGGCAAAAAUGUGAAAUAUAAAGUCAAGGAAUCUAUUCCACACGAUUUGGGAGAUCCAGACGAUGUGCCGUUUACGAACAUAAACUGCUACAACAUCCACGACGUGAGCGAGUGGCGCGACCUCAACCUGAAGUUCGUGUUGCAAGUGUGCCGCGACCUGCGUAUCCUGCGAGCUUACGCCGCGCCCUUCGGCAACGAGAGGUACCGCUCAAUGUCGUAUAUCGACGACGUGAGAGACGGUACAGAGGACGACUUGUACUCGCGCGCGACGGAGCAGGCGGUGCCGCCGCCAUGUGAGACGCCGCCGCCGCCGCCGCCGCGGGCGCCGCCGCCCCCGCGACAGGCGAGCAAGCCCGUGGCCGUCGGCGAUAUACUAGACCUGUUGUACAGGAGCACAGCGUCAGAGGUACAGGAAUCCGAAGUGAGGCAGGAACCGCGAGAGAGCGUCACAGCAGUAUGGGAUAGCAGGCGAUACCUCAACGAUAUGUAUCCGUCGUGUUGUGCGCUGCUGCGACGCGCACUUAGCUGGGACGCGGAUGGCGACGGGCUUAUUGAGAACAGCGGCAGUCCUGACCAGACCUUCGAUGCUUGGGUGAUGACUGGACCCAGCGCAUACUGCGGCGGGCUAUGGCUAGCAGCAUUAUCAGGAGUACGCCAUAUGGCACGUUUACUGGAGAAAGAGGAUGACGAGCGAGAAUUCGGCAAACUAUUGGACCAAGCACAACACUCCUUCCACGACAAGUUGUGGAACGGAACGUAUUACCUGUUCGAUACCAAACCCUCUAAUAGAAACGUUGUCAUGGCUGAUCAACUCGCUGGCCAAUGGUUCCUUCGAGCAUCCGGGUCAUCCGAUCAAGUGUUCCCAGAGAGCAACGUCCGCAAAUCUCUGGGGACGAUAUACGAGAACAACGUACAAAAAUUUGUCGACGGCAAGAUGGGCGCAGUCAACGGCUGGGUGCUGGAGGGCCGCGGUCGCAUCGACACUACCGCGCUGCAGAGCGAGGAGAUGUGGACCGGAGUCACAUAUGGACUCGCCUCGCUCAUGAUAUUUGAAGGCAUGCACGAAGAGGCCUUCGUAACCGCAGGCGGGAUGUACAAGACAUUGACAGAUAUGGGCCUUGCUUUCGAGACUCCAGAGGCGUUGUACGAGAAUGGUAACCACCGCUCCAUUGCUUACAUGCGACCUCUGGCCAUAUGGGGUAUGUACCAGGCGAUAGUCAAUAGGCCCCCGCCGCCUGCGCCCGUUGCUAAUGGACAACUGAAGCACGCCAAAGAAAAUGCUAAGUUAUAGUGAAUUUCUGAAGGUUUAAGGUCUGUAUGGAAUGUGUUCAGAGGUAAGAUUUAUAUUUUUUCUUACGAUACUUAAUGUAUAUCAUGUUAUCUCGUAAUUUCGGUAGCUUUUUUUGGCUUGACUUUCAAGGGAGAUACUGUUACGUUUGAUGUACUAUGGAAUUUGUAAAAUGAACUGUAGGAUUUUAAAAUUAUAUAUAGCAUUGUACUGUAAUUCGGUUUCCUAGGCCAUUUGUCCGCAACGGAAACUCGGUAUUCAUUCUUCAUGCUCUCUUCUGGUUUAUGAGUGGAAGAAUUGUCCAGAUUAGUAGUUGUUUUUUACGUUUUUCAUAUCCAAAGGAUGUGCUGUUUUAGACAUCUUAGUCUAGGCAAAGCCUGAGU